AUGAAUUACAACCGCGAUCAUAUAUCUGCACUUUACGGCCCCGAAAAUUGUACAAGAUGCUCAUGUGGUUCAAUUCCGGAUCACGUGCACGAUACAUCUGAUAAAUAUUGUUGUGGAUGCUCUUGCGGUCGCACAAUGGCUCAAGAAUACGCAAGAUCGCAAAUAAACACACGAUCGCAAACCUUAUGCUGGUGCUUUCUCAAUGCUCUCGUUGCCGCCCAUUCCCAUGAAUUACUUAAAUUUUCAAAAGCUAAACGAUUUAAAAGCAGUUCCGGAAUCGGUGAUAAUAAAAUGUGGUUAGCAUAG